GGCGGAGCGUCGGGCGCCAGGCUGGGAAGGCUGCGUAGGAGCACCCGGUUGGCCAGGCUGCUGUGAGCCCUAGGCGGAUGUGAGUAGAACCGACAAAGAUGGCGGUGCAGGUGGUGCAAGCUGUGCAAGCGGUUCAUCUUGAGUCUGACGCUUUCCUAGUUUGUCUCAACCAUGCUCUGAGCACUGAAAAGGAGGAGGUGAUGGGUCUAUGUAUAGGGGAGUUGAAUGAUGACGUAAGGAGUGACUCCAAAUUUACAUACACUGGAACUGAAAUGCGCACAGUUGCAGAAAAGAUGGAUACCAUCAGAAUUGUUCACAUCCAUUCUGUCAUUAUCUUGCGACGUUCUGACAAGAGAAAGGACCGUGUAGAAAUUUCUCCAGAGCAGCUGUCUGCAGCCUCAACAGAGGCAGAAAGGUUGGCUGAACUAACAGGUCGUCCCAUGAGAGUUGUUGGCUGGUAUCAUUCUCACCCUCACAUAACCGUUUGGCCUUCCCAUGUUGAUGUUCGUACACAAGCCAUGUACCAAAUGAUGGAUCAAGGCUUUGUAGGACUUAUUUUUUCCUGUUUCAUAGAAGACAAAAACACAAAGACUGGUCGGGUACUCUACACUUGCUUCCAAUCCAUACAAGCCCAAAAAAGCUCAGAGUAUGAGAGAAUUGAAAUCCCAAUCCAUAUUGUACCUCAUAUCACUAUUGGGAAGGUAUGCCUUGAAUCAGCAGUAGAACUGCCAAAGAUCCUAUGUCAGGAAGAACAGGAUGCAUAUAGAAGGAUUCACAGCCUUACACAUCUGGACUCAGUAACCAAGAUCCAUAAUGGCUCGGUGUUUACCAAGAAUUUGUGCAGUCAGAUGUCAGCAGUCAGUGGGCCUCUACUACAGUGGUUGGAGGACAGAUUGGAGCAAAACCAGCAACAUUUGCAGGAGUUGCAACAAGAAAAAGAAGAGCUUAUGGAAGAGCUGUCUUCCCUAGAAUAAAGCAAGAGGACAAAAAUGUGAUAAUAUUGUUUCUCAGUUUGUGCGCUGAAUAUGGUUCAAAACUAUAUACAACUCCUAUGUAGGCAGAUAAUUCAGGAGCACUUUUAUAUCACAACAAAUAGUUUUAUGUAUAUAAAAUACAAGAUGUCUUCCUAAAACUUCUCCAGAGCUUAUAGAAUCCUCUUGCCUACAGUUGCUGUAAAAGAAAACAUGAAGGAUGAUUUACAGACUAUGAAAGUUAUUUUGUAAAGGUUAUAAGAGGUACAUUAGCAAGGAAUAUCUGGGAAUAAAACGUUUGAUAAGUUUA